CGGGUCAGUCAGGCAGCGAGCGUGAGGGUGGAGGCGGCGGCCAGGAGAACCACAGCCAAGGAACACGAUAACAAGUGGGAGCAGUAUUAGGAGGGAGGAGGUGCGGCUGGAGGCGAAGAAGAAGAAGAAGGCGCUGUAGUGAACGGCUCGGGGCAGACCUUGUUGGUGGGAGUGGAUGCUGGAGGGUGGGAGUCCAUGCCUAAGAGAUGGAACUGUUUGAUCAAGAAACUGAGAUUGUUGAUGGGGUGACUGUCAAGCUUUAUGAGACAUUUGGUUCGGAUGCUGAAGAAUUAAUCUCUCGAAAGGAUAUUGUUGAUAAAGCCCAGAUUCAGUUGCUGAAGGGUUGCAAUGUUCAAGAAGCUAUUGAACAAAUUUUCUCAUCCCUACAGUGGAUUAUCAGGAGGGAGUUAGACAAACUUAAUAGUGUUAAGAAAAUUAGAGAUGAUUUGGAGAGAACCUCAGAAAAGCUGAUUGUAAAGAAGAUACAAGAAAACCUUGAGAAAGAAGCUGGAUGUUUCCAAGAAAAAGGACCACACACUGCAGAGGAAGAGGCUCAUGCAUCGUCCCAGCCUGAGUUGUCGUCUGUGGGUGAGGCUUCUAACUCAGUUGUCAGUAGGACAAGUGCCUCAACUACCUUAGAAGAUAGUAAUCUGCAUGAUGAUCAUAAAGAUAUUAGCAGUGAUGAUGAUGAUGUACUUAUAGUAAGUCCUGCUCCCAAGGAGCCAGCUCCUCUAAUUCUGCUAACUGAUGACAGUUGUGAAAGCACCUCCUCUGUCACUAAUAAUGGUUGUGAAUCCAUUAUAAAUUUAACUAAAAGUCAGAAGGGAGGUGCUAAGCCAAGCAUAUAUGCAAAAGACUUUUCAUUUGUUUUGGAACUUUUAAAAGAUGUGGCAGCACAAAAGCAAAUGCCCAAAAGAAAAGCAGAAAUUGCCCUGGAUUAUGCUGAUGAUAGUCUUGCCAAUCUACACAAGGAUGAGAGAACAUUAAAUGAAAGAAUUAAUGAGAUAAAGAGUGAAGAAAAAAGAUGCAUAGAUAAUAUUGACAAUAUGUCGGCGUCCUCAUCAUCCACUGGUACGGAGGAUGACGAUAGUGCUAGUCACUCGCCUCCUUCCUCCUUGUCUGCCAGUUUACUUUCACAGUUACAAAACUCCCCUCCUGCUGAGGCCAGUGGUAGUCACUUGCCUCCUUCCCCCUUGUCUGCCAGUAUUCAUUCACAGUUACAAAACUCCCCUCCUGCUGAGACCAAAUCAAAUGCAUGUACUGAUGAGAACAAAAAUAAUGCAAUAAAGAUACAUGUUUUAAGCCUCCCAACCAGUAAUCAGCCUGAAGGAAGUCAGUCUGCUGAACUAUGGGAAGAUGCACACUUUGUUUGCUCCUUGCUGCCAUACUUCACCUUAAAGGAUGUUCAUCAGACUAUGGUUGAUAACCUCCACCACCCAGACCGUCGGGCCUAUGUACUAGAGGCAUACAUUAAUCUUGCUGUGGAUCGCCAGGAGCCUGUGCAAGAUGAUGUGUUUCAAGGACUGUGGGCAGUUAGAAAGCGGUCCCAUGGAGAGGUGGCUGACUCUCAUGUCAAAGGCAAUAUCAAAAAAAGAAAAAUCGAGCUUGAACCUGAGGCAGAUGUGAAGGGAUUGAGAAAUGAUGAGGGCAUUCCUUCUACUAGUAAUGCUGGAAGUACCCCAUUGAGGGGAAAUGAACCAGGCAUGUCUACAGAUGUAAAUACUGACAUAUCUGAUGCUAAAGUUAAGGAUCCUGUUAUGGAGAAGUGGUACGAGGAAAAGAUGAAUCUUGUAUGUGCGGUGGUGCAAGGAGUAGACAGGAAUCUCCUAUGGACUCAAAUUCUAUCCUGCCAGACUGAUGCUGAUAUUGAAGCACUGGUGGAACGUUUAAUGGAAGAGCAAGAUCAAGCUGCCAUUCAUUCCACUAUUACUGCUGCUCCUUAUCAAGGGCAAGACCAGCCAAGCACUAGUGCCUUUCAGCCUGUAGCUGCUGCUGGACCUAGCCAUGCAUCGGAAAGGAGAGAUGAGCCUGUACCUGGGCAGUCCAGUGAAGAAGCUGCUACUGGAGAAGAAGACCAGGGAGGACAGGCAGCAGACCUUGAAGAGAAGAUCUUGGCUCAGGUCAAGACUCUUUCAGAGAUGUUUGCAGAUGCUGACCCAGACUAUCUCCAGGAAAGGUGUGUGGACAACAAUGGGGAUGAAGCCAAAUUCCAGGAAGUUGUGGAUUCGCUUCUUCAGAAGAAGGAUUACCCCAAGAUCGAAGAAUAUCACAAAAGGCAAAAGAGACUUGAAAUUAAGAAGAAAUUUAUUGAGGGAAUGUCUGUAGAAGAAUUCCUAGAGUACUUUGAAGAUCCUGAGAAGGUGUUCAGUGACACCAGCACCAACAUGAGCCCUACCUACAUAGAGAAUGCCCGUACGCAGCUAAAAAGGGACUUGCCAUUCCACCUUAUUCGGGACAUAGACAGUACCUUCAAGAGUAACAACCACCACUACCUGCCUACCCUUAGAGCUCUACAGGAGAAUACAAAACUGACUCAUAGAAAGACCAAACGCACCUCAAACUUAAAGGAGAGGGACUUAGAUGACAUCUUUAUCAAGGAGUUGUGUUAUGCACGUAUGGAGGCAGAAAUAAAAAAUCACCUGUUCAAGAAAGAAGAAUACAAGCGAUGGUCCUUCCUGCAGGCCAAGGCAAAAAAUCAGCUUAAAGAAUGUCGAUGUUGCUAUACUGAUGAGUUACUUGAGGAGGACAUGGAGCCAUGCAAAUCAGAGAUCGACCUAUCUCACAAGUUUUGUGUCAACUAUUGCCUACUCUGA